CAACCCUCCUAUAUCUUCUUUGUAUGCGCUCCGAACGAUGCGCUCAUUUGUUGGACCAGAGCUAUGAACGAUGAGCCCUCAUCUUCCGCCUCAGCAGCAGCACUCCCAGUUCCAGAAGAUGGCGAGAACGACAGAUCCACCGCGGCGGAGGUUGCAGAGCGUCGCAAGAAGAAUAGAGAGAAUUUCAAUCGCAGGCGAGGAGACUUGCUGGACGACCUUCUCCAGAAUUUGGAUGUACUCGCAUAUGCCGAGUUGAGCACGAUCUACUACAUGGACUGCCAGUUCCUUCUCUUCGCCCUCAGAUCUAUGAUCCAACUCCUUUACCUCACACCGAAACCCGCCCACUUUCCCGAACCGCCGCGAAACUCCUCCUACCUAGCCGCCGUCUUUGGCUCGAAUAUGCUCUGCAUGCUUCUCCACUGCCUGCGAGAUGCGCCCUCAGCCGGUGAAGCGACAAGAGGAUAUCUGCACGGCAGCGUGGCGAUGGACUUCAUCGGACAAAAGGGACCGAGUAGCAAGCUGCACUUGGUUCUGUUGGACAUGCUGGUGCUCGGACUACAGAUCGUACAUGUGGCUACGAACAUAAUGCGGCGGAAACUGAAGGAGAAGCCAACACUUGCUAUACCCACGUCGGGAAUUGUGGAUGCGCCAACAGAUGCGCCGGCUGUGUCGUCAGGUCAGGACCUAGAUCUUGAGGAGAGAGGAGUGCGUCGAUCAGCAGAGUUUGGACAACAGCAAGACAUCGAGAUGUCCACCCUCAACCGAUCCGGCACAAGGUCAGGCGAUCUCGCUGCCUCCAACAACGAAGGCUCUUCCUCGGAGCAAGAGUCACUCCUAGCCUCAACUGAGGCUAUGGAAAGGACAGACGCUCACAUCUUCGACGCUUUCAAUUCCGGCCAGAUAGUACUGGCAGACUUGGAUUUGUCAAGGACGCUGAAGGAUGUUAUCCUUGCGCAGAUGAAAAACGAGCCGGAAGAUGCCGCGACGACGGAGUCGCAUCGCAGACUGAGGGAGAGGGUGCUUGGGAGGAUGUUUAGCACAACAGGGUUUUCUCGCUACCUCUGGCUCUCGACAUUAUGUUUCAAAGAUAAGAGGAACGCACCAUCAAACCAUCCACGACCAAUGGCACCUCCUAUCCGCACCCAUUACGACCUGCCAGACCGCACCAAGCCGUCCACUCGCCCGCCAUACGUCAAUACGGCGCAGCAGCUUUCAGUCUCCAACGCAGCCAAGGCUAAGGCAAAUGCCGGCCGCAGACACGCCAACGCUUCAGAGAGCUUUCUCGUCGGACAGUGGAGGGAGCAUGACCACAAGCGAGAAAUGCUCCGAAAGCGGUUGCUGGAGAUAGGUGUGGAUGUCGAGAAGAAGCACGGCUGGUGUGGAGAGACGGUUGGAGAAGCGGUGCGACGGGAGAUGAAGUUUGCAGAAGACGGGAUGGUGGUGCGCAAGGUUGAACGCGAUAUUCUGCAGGAGAGCGAGGACAUCGGUCAUGGUCGUGGGAGACGUGCAGGUGAUGAUGACGACUUUGUGCUGGUCGAAUCUGAGGAUGACAUGGGUCCUCGGACGCAGACUGAGGAUGAGGGGUGGGAACUGAUCGGUCAGGACGGUAGAUCGCACUCUCGAACGAUCUCGAAGGGAGUCGACGCCGACCAGCCGCAAGGAGAUGUGCCAGACGCCCCGGAGCACGCCAUUGUCCGCAGACAGAAGGCGUCCUAUUCCAACGCUCAACACCCGCUCAUUUCGACCCAGCUUGAACGUAACCACUACUCCCGCGCCGUACCCGACUCCCAAGUGGAUUCCGUUCCUUCCGGUAUCUACCCCCGGGUAAUGGAGCGCCACCUGGAUUUCGAAGGUCUCGACCCCGAGAGCCAAGCUGGGGCGCAAGUGGCGGCUUCACAAUACCAACACAUCCCACACGCCUACGACGGUUCCCAUCUCAUGCCCGACUGGCUGCUCCUCCACAGCCCACCUGGGCCGAGCGAAGCUCACGGGAUUGCCUCGGACCGUAGCUUGGACCUGGCUAGGCGCGCCGAUGCUGCAAGGUCCGCACAGUUGUCCAAAGCAGUGGAGUCCAGCCUUGCCCCAGCGAACCUUGCAUUCCCACCUUUUGCACUCAAUCCUCCCACCAUCACCAGCAGCUCCGUCUCUCCGGCGUCCAAUCAAGGCUAUCAUCCCGCUCUGAAGACCCUCAUCAGCCCUCAACUCCUGAAUUCCACCAGCCAUCCCGCACCACAAUAUCACCUCACUGUCCAGCCUCCAUCGACCUUUCGUUUCAAACCAUCAGACCCGGUAUGCCACGCGGCUUUGAGAAGCUAUCUCUUCCCAUUCUUGCCCCUCGAUCCAGCCCAAUACGACCCUGUGGUCAAUGUUUGGGAAGUCCUCUACGUCGUGGAGAGAAGUGCGAUGGAAACGGAUCCGGCGCAGAGAGAGGAUGGUCGGGAUCGCGGCGUGGCCAUGUCCGGUUGGGGAGACGGCACGUGGAGAGAGGAGAGGAGGAACGCACGUAUGGGACCACAAGAGGAAUGCUGCGCUUACGGUAUCGCACGGCUCGAGGACAUGUGCUCGCUUCCAAUACGCCCUGCACCACUCGCGGAAUUGUCCUUCGGCGAGGACUACGAGGGUCUAUUCGCAAUCGACUUGGUCAAGAGGUACUACUACCACGCCAUGAAACGUGAGAUCACAUAUUUCUUUCUGCUGGACGACCGGGGUUUCGACCUGGCCGAUGAAUUCGCGAAGCUAGCCGGCAUGGAAAACUUGGACGAUGUGUUUGACGAGCAUGGUCGCGUCAUGCUACGCCAAGUCGUGAAAGAGUGUCAGGAGAUAGAGGCAGAGAUGGAGGCAGAUACGCAAGUCCCGUUCGGUGAGAGCGAUGAAGAUCUGUCCACGUCUGAAUUGGUCAGGAAAUACUGCUACCAUGCUAUGAAGGGCGAGAUCGCUGUUAUGUUGCUGCUAGACAAACGAGGGUUCCGCAUGACCGAGGUGAUCGCGAUGCGCAGUCUAGAUGGCGUGGACGAAUAUUACGUGGUGGGGCUGCCGACAAUGGAGAAGAGGGAGAAUGUGUUUGAGAAGUAUGGUCGCACUGUUCUGCGCCAGGUCGUGAAACGCUGUCAGCGGGUCGAUGAGGAUGAGGAUGAGGAUGAGGAUGUUGAUGUGGAUGUGGAUGUGGAUGAGGAUGAGGAUGAGGACGCUGACGGCGAGGACGGCGAGGACGACGGGGAGGAGGAUUCAGGGGAGGAUGUUGAGAUGCCCGACGCUUGGGAUGGGCAUUCAGUUUGA